CACGUGACAGCAAGGUUUGCUGAGGAGGGAGACCAACAGUGAGACCCUUUUACCACGCCCGCUUCACCUGUUCCACUCCAUCAUCACUGCCAUGUCCUUACCUAGUGGCAGCCCAGAACGAGAAGGCCCAGUUGGGGCUCUCCCUCAGCUAGAGUGCCCUUCUUCCCCUCCCGGCAUGGACCCAGACCCUUUAUCCACAGGCAGCCCUGUGCUCAGCCCAGACUCCUCUUCCCACGAUGCAGCACUGUCAGCGCCAGCAGCCUCUCCGGCAGACUCGGAGAACCUGAGUCCUGAUGAACUGGAGCUGCUGGCCAAACUGGAGGAACAGAACAGGUUACUGGAGGCUGAUUCCAAGUCCAUGCGGUCGAUGAGCGGCUCCAGGCGCAACAGUGGCUCCUCCCUGGUUUCCAGCUCCUCAGCCUCCUCCAACCUGUCGCACCUGGAGGAGGAUACCUGGAUCCUGUGGGGUCGCAUUGUCAACGAGUGGGAGGAGUGGAGACGCAAGAAGGACAAACUACUGAAGGAGUUAAUCAGGAAGGGCAUCCCUCAUCAUUUCCGGGCCAUAGUCUGGCAGCUGCUAGGCAACGCCACUGACAUGCCGGUGAAGAACCAGUACUCUGAACUGCUAAAGAUGUCCUCCCCCUGCGAGAAGCUCAUCCGUAGGGACAUUGCCCGCACCUACCCCGAGCAUGAGUUCUUCAAAGGCCAGGACAGCCUGGGGCAGGAAGUCCUCUUCAAUGUCAUGAAGGCAUAUUCUCUGGUGGAUCGAGAGGUGGGCUACUGCCAAGGCAGUGCAUUCAUCGUAGGCUUGCUCCUAAUGCAGAUGCCUGAGGAGGAGGCCUUUUGUGUCUUUGUGCGUCUGAUGCAAGAGUACCGUCUGAGGGAACUGUUCAAGCCCACUAUGGCGGAGCUCGGCCUCUGCAUCUACCAGUUUGAAUAUCUGCUGCAGGAGCAACUUCCAGAGCUGAACGUCCAUUUCCGGUCCCAGAGUUUCCACACAUCUAUGUACGCAUCAUCCUGGUUCCUCACCCUUUUCCUCACCUUCCUCCCUCUGCCUGUCGCCACUCGCAUCUUUGAUAUUUUCAUGUAUGAGGGUCUAGAGAUUAUCUUCCGUGUGGGCCUGGCCAUCCUGCAGUACAACCAGACUGACCUCAUUCAGCUGGACAUGGAGGGCAUGUCACAGCAUUUCCAGAAGGUGAUCCCCCACCAGUUUGACAGCUGCACCGACAAACUGAUCCUCAGGGCCUACCAGGUCAAAUAUAACCCCAAGAGGAUGAAGAAACUAGAGAAAGAAUACACAACAAUCAAGAACAAAGAGAUGGAGGAGCAGAUUGAGAUCAAGAGAUUACGCACAGAAAACCGGCUGCUGAAGCAGAGGAUUGAGACACUGGAGAAGGAGAGCGCUGCUCUGGCAGACAGACUGAUUCAGGGUCAGGUGACGAGGGCACAGGAAGCAGAGGAGAACUACGUGAUCAAGCGUGAGCUGGCAGUGGUGAGGCAGCAGUGCAACACGGCCAACGAGAGCCUGGAGAAAGCGCAGGACACCAUCAGAGAGCUUCAGCAACAGAAGUACACAGAGCAGUUUGUGAGCAGCUUGCAGACCCAGCUGGAGCAGUCCAGACUACGAGAGGCCGAACUGCUCGGAGCGAUGAAGGAGAUGCAAGACAAGGUGCUUGACCUGGAGAAGAGGAGCAGUUGCCUGCCUGAUGAGAACAACGUGGCAGCUCUGCAGGAGGAGGUGAAGCAGCUGAAGUUGAGGGAGCUGGAGACGCUGCGCUCCUUCAAAGAGAUGCAGGACAACGUCACUGAGCUGAACCAGCGCUGGCAGCAUCACAUGUCCCGUGGCAGUAGCACAGGUGGCGGUGGUGGCCACUGGAAGGAAUCCCCAAAGAAGAACGCCAUGAACGAACUGCAGGACAAACUGAUGACGGUCAGACUGAGGGAGGCGCAGGCCCAGGCUGAGCUCCGAGAGGUCAAACUAAAAUCCCUGCAGCAGGAGAGCCAGAACCAAAUCCACAGCAAGCUGAUUGGUCGCAAUGAGCAGGAACGCUCCGCACUGCAGGACCGGCUCCAGAUGCUAGCCAAUCAGAACAAAGCUCUCCAGGCCCAACUCAACGAGAUGAAAAGGAAGCAGGCCGAGUUCGACUGCAAGAGUAAAGAGGAGGUGAUGGCGGUGCGACUGAGGGAAGCAGACAGUAUGGCUGCCAUGGCUGAACUCCGGCAGAAAAUCUCUGAGCUUGAGAUACAGAAGGAGGAAGGGCUGAUCCAGGGCCAGCUGAACCACUCCGACUCCAGACAGUACAUCACCCAGCUCCGGGACCAGAUUUCUGAGCUCAAGAACGAGAUCAGACAACUGCGAGGGCAAAGGUUGGCUCCCGGCUCUGGCAUCAGUAGCGGAGGCCUAGGCACCAACUACCAGGAUCUUUGCCUGGCCAGCCCCGCCUCUGCCGAGGGGGACUACCUGAGCUCAGACGACGACCUCCUCCCCAGCCCGCUGCCUCCCAACGCUCUCUACCCCACCCUGUCCGGUCCGUGUCACCCAUCGGACCGCCUCGACAGCGAGGGCAGCACGGACAGCGAGGCGGAGGAGCGUAUGCGGACACACCCGGACCCACAGCAGCUGUACGGCAGCAUGGUGUGCGCAGAGGGGCUGGAUAAUUGAACAUCUGGAGGGGGUGCGAAGAUUCCUAUGGGAUUUCUUUGACCUAAAGAGACGCUGGGGCUCUAUAGGACAGGACUGCCUCUGUACACCAGAACUGUUCUAUCCAAUCCAGUCCUCCUCCGCAGCUUUUCCAGUGUUUAUCUUUUACUUAAUGCAGACAUAAUGGCAUUGAUCAGACCUCGGUUGGUGGUCACUACCUGUAGUCUCCAUUCCUGUGACUGCUCCCCCCCCCUGUUCCCCCCACUGGAACUAACCCUGUCCAACGAGGGUGUAUAUAGCCUCUCUCCUUGUUCCUAUGUGUAACUGUUUUCUUGCCAUAUCCAUCCAAACACAAAUGUACACAAAAAAAACUCUGGACUAACAAGACUGAUGCUGCUCGCUGCUUGAGAUCAACACCGGGACCUGGUCCUGUGACCAUGACGAGGAAUGAAUCACGGGUAGACAGAUAGAACUUGUCUCUUUCCCUGUAAACUGAAGAACAGACACUGUAUCCUCUGUCUACCCUUAUAUAACUAUCUCUGUCCUGAAUGGUUCAGUAUUACAUCCAUCUUAAUUGUUUCCCCAUAUUGUGGCUUUAGAAAGACACACAUCCAUCUUCACUGCCUUCAUAAAAACAAUCUGCCAUCAAUUCACAAAAGAAAAAUGGCGACGAGAAGUGAAGGUACAGUGUAUGAACACAUCAAACUGUGGGGUUAUCACAAGGUGGCAUAUACAACAUAUGUGUCUGUGGCAACAAGAAGGCAAGCGAGUUCAUACGAAAUUUCAUAUUCAUCAUAAACCACAAAAAAGGAAGGAAGAUACCCAAUGUUGCCAAAUCUUUUGUUUUUGAAUUAUUUAUAUGUUGUAAUUUAUUUUAAUAUUUUUUUAUUUUUUAUAUAUCUAAAUGAAUCUAGGAGCGUAGAGAUGACCUACAGAGGCCAAACUUUCUACAACAUCCUUUGUGCCAACUACUACAGUUCUACUGUGACACCGAGUGUUUCUGAGAUGGGAAAAGUGCUGCUAUGAUUUUACAUUUAGCUUCUUCCAUUUUCUUUUUAUCACUUCAUCUUAAUCUGUGUGAGCAGUCUAAUGUGUUAUCUCCCCAGAGCUUCAGUAUUUAUCCAUCAAAACCAAUAACUCUCGUUGCAUCUGUGUGAGCUAGAGUGGAACAUUUUGGGAAAUAAGUUAAUUUACUGUCUGAAAGAUAAGAGAGCUGCAGGGAUAGACGGUCAUUUCUAUAACUUACACUAAGUAAGUUGUAAGUAAGUUAGUAGUCCAGCAAAUCACCACCACUACCACACAUUUCAUUACACCCCAAUUUGUUUGUAAACCUCAAUUUGCCCACAUCAUUCCAGACAAAGUGAGGCAGCUUUUCAUUUUUAUAUUUUAAUUAACUAAUCACUAAAUAACUAUUGAGCAUUAGUUAGCUGCCCCCCCGAUUAUAUUCUCUUAAUAUUAUGAACUUAUUCUUGAAAUCUCCUCUUUCAGUGGCUCUAAAACUUGUUGUAAUAGACAGACUUGAGUGUUAAGAAUCAUUGUAUUUCCCAAAAUGUGAGACUAUACUGUCCCACAGAAACAAAAAGAAUAAUGCAGGUAUCUGUGCUGAUGUGGAAUCACCAGCUCAUGCGCUCAUAUCACUUUGGGACAGCUAACUGAAACCUGCAGCAUGUGGACCAAUGAAAGCGGAGAGAGUCGAUCAUAUUGUAACGGUGCCAAACAAAAAGGCUGACAUCAUGACUGGAGAGUGUGUGGGUGGAAAAUAUUUUACAUAUCAAACAGUAAUAUAUUCUGUGUAGGGGGGAAAAGGAUGUAAAAUGUAUGGAGAAAUAUUUGAUAUGCGGUGUGACAGGAAGAAAAGUAUAUAGAUGAUAUUUAAAGCUGUAUCACUGUCAGUCAAGUCAGAUUGUGAGGAGAAGGGUCUGACAGGAAGUUGUAUGAAGAACAACGAUCUCUGCUCUUUGCACAGCGGAGAGAGAAACUCGGCUCUGGACAUUCAGCAGUGAGAUGUGGUGCAGACUUGUGGUGGGAUCAUUUCUUUACUUUACGUACGGACCUGAACGUUUGCUUCAUUCAGAGUUGAACCAUCCUGACUUCGUACUGUGUUUUCAUCGGACUGACGAUUUUCCCUAGAUUCUCUUCAGGUCCACUUCAUGCUUCACUAUGCAGCAGUAAAGAACGAACAGUGGAGCAGAGGAUUAAUGCAAUCCUCUCUGAAACGAGGAAAUAGGAUCUUCCAGUAAUGGACAUUAAAAAAGUAAAGAGGAUGUUCGUUUGCCCACCAUUAUGUUGCAAAUAACAGCCUUUUAGUGGUCAUUGGUGGGUGUAGCAGCUGAAAUCUCUGCACUGGAAUCAGUGUUUGGGUAUCAUCAGACCAUAUCAUUAUAUGUGUUGUAUUCAUCAUUUCACUUCAGUUCUUAAGAGUUGUUGGUAUGUACAGAACAAGAUUUAGGCCGUUAAAUCGUUUACUUUGGCUGAAAAAGUUGUAAUCCUGCACAUUUGUACCCAUUUGUGAUUAUAUCUUUUCCCCAGCAACAUCUAUCCAGUGUGGGUACAUUUUGUCUACUACUCGUACUAGCAAGAUUCAAAAGGUUAACAGAAAAUAUACUGGGUCUGAUGCGGAGGACACAAGUCAGGCAUGUUCUUCACUGUAGCUGGGUUUGCAUCCACGUGUUUGAACAUGAGCAAGUUAAAAAUCGAAUCACCUUCAGUGGAAAGAUCUCUCAAAUUCGUUUUUGACUGAGUUGGGAAUGUUUGCGUGUAGAUUAACACAAAGUGUGACCAAGUGUGAUGGAAACAGUGAAUAAAUCAUGAUAUACGUAU